AUGGAAGGUCUCCAAUGUGUUCUACGUGAUCUUAGUACCCCUACCCCGCAGACCGCAAGAACAUCCACCACAGCCUUCCUUUCUCUACUAGACACCAUCACUGAUGCCCGAAAACUUCGUCAGAUCCAUGCCCACAUGAUCAUUUCUGGCAUCAUCAAAGACCCUUUCGCUGCUAGUCAGUUGCUCUCUUCCCCUGCACUCGUUGAAUCCGAUUAUGCUCGUUUGAUAUUUACCCAAAUCCCUUCACCCAAUCUCUUCUCAUGGAAUACAAUGAUCUGGAAGCUUGCAGAUAAUGAUGCAGGUUCUAUAAACCCAGCUCUUUUAGUCUACAAAGAAAUGCUUGGAACCGAUGCCAGACCGGAUGGCCACACAUUUUUGUAUCUUAUCAGAGCUUUGGCUGCUCGAUUGGAUCUCCAACAGGGGCAGCAGAUCCAUUCAAAUAUUGUUAAAGCGGGAUUUGGGACUAAUCAAUUUGUUUCAAGUUCAUUAGUUGGAUUUUAUGCUGCUUGUGGAUUCGUGGAUAGAGGGCAUCAAGUGUUCGACGAAGUGCCCCAACCAGGGUUGGUGUUGUGGACUGCAAUUAUGCGUGCCUAUGUUUGUGAGAAGAACCCACAAGAAGCGCUGAGACUCUUUGGCAAGAUGAGGGGAUUGGACCUGAUGCCUGAUGCAGUGGCGCUGGCAACUAUUGUUUCAGCUUGUAGUCAAUUGGGCAACUUGGAUAUGGCAAGGGCACUGCAUGGCUUCAUAAGCAAGAGUGGAAUAAAUAUGGAUGCUUUUCUAUGUAGUGGAUUUCUAGGUAUGUAUGGUGAGAGUGGGAGUAUAGAUUUUGCACAUCGUUUGUUUUGUGAGAUGCCCAUGAAGAAUGUUGUGGUUUGGAACACCAUGAUUCAUCAAUAUGUCAAAUGUGAUAACAUCGACCUUGCAUAUCAAUUGUUCAAGAUAAUGCCAAACCCAGAUGUAGUAUCAUGGAACACAAUGGUUGGGGGACUAUCUAGUGUAGGCCGGUGCAAGGAUGCAUUAACUCUCUUCCACCAGAUGGAGUCAUCAGGUGUGAAGCCUAAUAAAUUGACCUUAUUGAUCACCCUCUCUGCCUGUGCUAGUCUUGGGGCUUUGGACACUGGCACUUGGAUUCAUGCCUACUUGGAGAAGAACCGACUGAACUCGGAGUCCACUUUAGAUCCUGGUUUGAUUGACAUGUAUUCUAAGUGUGGCAGCAUUGAUAAGGCACUUCAAGUUUUUGAGAAGAUACCUAGGAGAGAUCUCUUCUCAUGGACAUCUAUCAUAUGUGGACUAGCAAUGCAUGGGCAUUCGAAGCAGGCCCUACAUCAUUUCCAUCAGAUGCAAGAAGCAAAAGUGCAGCCAGACGAUGUCACAAUGGUGGGAGUCCUCAAUGCUUGUGCACAUGCAGGACUUGUAGAGGAAGGCUGGAAGUUAUUCCAUUCAAUGAAGGAAAUUUAUAAAUUGACACCCAAGAUUGAACACUAUGGUUGUAUGAUUGAUCUUCUGGGUCGAAUGGGAUGUCUGCAAGGGGCAUACAAUCUUAUAAUCGAAAUGCCUAUGGAGCCCAAUGCGAUCAUAUGGGCAGCUUUAUUGAGUGCUUGUAAAGUCCACAAUAAUGUGGAAUUUGGUGAGAUUGCAUCCAAGAGGCUGCUUGAAUUAGACCCAUCAGAUCCAUGGGCGCGUGUAAUGCUGUCUAACAUGUAUGCAGAAGCCUCUAAAUGGGAAGCAGUUAUGAGACUGAGGAAAGAGAUAAAAGAGAGUGGUAUGAGGAAAGCACCUGGGUGCAGCUUAAUAGAGGUGAACGGCACAGUUCAUGAAUUUCUUGUUGGUGACAAUUCACAUACCAUGCAAGCAGAGAUUCAUUCAAUAUUAGAAAAAAUGGAGAUAAUGUUGAAGUUGGGAUGA